AUGGUUCACUUCGCCACCGCCCUCGCUGCCCUCGCUGCCGCUCUUGCACCUGUCGUUUCCGCUGCUGGAAACUUCACGUACACUCGGAUUAACAAGGACGACGCGGUCCUCCUGGUGGUUGACCACCAAAUCGGUCUCUUCCAGCUCGUUCGCGACUUUGAGCCUGAUGAAUAUCGCAACAACGUCCUCGCCCACGCCGCCAUUGGAAAAGUCUUCGGUCUGCCCACGAUCCUCACCACGAGCGCCGAGACCGGCCCGAACGGACCCCUCCCAAAAGAGAUUGUCGAGAUGCACCCCGAUGCUGCCUUCAUCAAACGCAAUGGCGAGGUGGACGCUUGGGACAGCGCGGACUUCCGGAAGGCUGUCCGUGCGACUGGAAAGAAGCAGGUCAUCAUAGGUGGUAUCACCACUGACGUCUGCACCACCUUCCUUGCGCUCUCGCUUGUGCAGGAGGGCUACACCGUAUUCGCCAACGUCGACGCAUCGGGGGCGAUGAGCAAGCGUACCGCAGACGACGCGAACGAGCGCAUGCGUGCUGCUGGCGUCCACGUUCUGUCCUCCUUCGCUGUUGUCUGCGACUUGAUGAGGGACUGGCGAAACACCCCUGGAUCGACCCAGAUCUUGCCCUUCUUCGACAAGUACCUCGCUGCCUAUGGCUACCUCGCCCGCGGACAUGCCGCUGCUGUCAGUCGCGGAACCAUCCUCCCUGGCGAGUCCGAGUAA